UUCCACAGCUUGCACCUGGCAAUGGCAGAGGGCGGUGCGCACCGCGAUCCAGUUUCACACCGCCCGUCCUCUUCCUUGCACGCUCACCACCAGACUCUCCCCCCUCGUUUCCCAUCCGAGGUUGCUCGCCAAAGUGCCUUCUUCCCCCCGGACGCCUGCCCUCCAUAGACGCCCGUGUUGGGCAAUAAGCCGUGGCGAGCCCGGGACGCGGUGUGUGUGCGUACGUUAGUUAGCGCGUGUGUGCGCGGACCAGUUAGCGUAGGACCAGGGCGAAGGCCGCGUAGGGCGCGCGAAGUGGCCGCGGCGAUCGCGUCAGAGCGCGAUGGGCGCGCGCGAGCCAGGGCGUGCGGGGCGUGGCGAGUGGGAGGUGGGCAAGCCGUGGAGCAGCUCGGGCAUGUCCGUGCGCACGAGUAUAAAGCCCUCUCCCCCCUGUGUAAGUCGCUGAGGAUUUCGAGUUCGUGCUCUAGGUGAAAUACAGUGAGGCCGUACGUGCGGCGGGGGUGUUCGAGCACCCGGAAAAACUCUCUGUCCAUCUUCCUCCUCGCCGAUCGUGUCUCCGGUGAUCUCCGUCGAGUGCUCGAUCUGGUUCGGCGCCAACAGCCCGCAGGAAGACCGUCGCCCUCGCUCGACCGUGCCGGCUCCGAAGCAGAUAUCAGCGAGGAAUCAGCAUGCCGGGCAGCCACGGCGCGACCGUGUUGGACGACCUGCCGGAGUGGCUCGUCGUCGACGAGAUCCUCGCCCGGCUGCCUGUCAAGGACGUGUUCCGCUGCCGCGCCGUCCGCAGGUCGUGGCGCAACGGCACAUCCACGGACGCCUUCAUCCUCGGCCAUCACCGCCGUCAGCCCGCGCUGCCCAUCAUCGAGCACGAACUGGGCAUCAAGCGCGUCGCCUCCGCCUCUAGUGGUCAGAAGAUACGGCCCCUCUCCGGUACGCAAGCCUCAACAUAGGCAUGCGCUUCAUAACCUGUGAUGGGCUCCUCAUCUUGUGGUGGGGUUCAGAUUUCUACAUCUGCAACCCGGCCACCCGCAAGUGCGCCCCGCUGCCGCAUCCUCCACGAGAACAGUUCAUCAGCCCCAUCACCGGAGUCGACGUGCUCGGCUUGUACCGGCACCAGCCAUCUGAAGAAUACCGGGUGCUCUGGGUGUCCUACGCCUCGCUCAUGGGGACAUCAUUUCCAUUCACCGCUUGUCAGGUUGAGCAGCCUCAUUACUUUGUCUUCACCGUGGGAUCGGACCAGCCAAGACGCAUCCAAUGGCCGACAGUUUCAGAAGAUUGGUGUCCUGCUGCCCGGUCCAACCAUCCACCCAUCCACCAUCGUGGUAGCCUCCACAGGGCAAUGGGUUGCAGCAUAACGGUAUUCGACACCAUAGCCGAGACAUUCCGGCAGAUGAGCCGCCCGGCACAAUUGGGCAGUUUCGUGUUAUUAUUGGAUACGGGCGUCAACCUUCCUUUGUAUGUCAGCACCGACCAUGACCGCGUCACUUUGGAUGUUUGGGUCUUGCAUGACUAUGAUGCAGAGACCUGGGGGUUUCGAUACCGGAUUAACUUGUUAGCGAUGGAGGCAUCUCCACCGCUUAAGUUGUGGAAAUCUAUCCCUAGGCUGGCUGUGAUCAAUGAGCGUGAGCUGUUGAUGGCGCAGCGUCCUCGUCGUCUGUUGCAUUGUGACAUUGAUGGUGUGUUUUUAGGAAAUGUAGAAAGUGAAGAGCAUGAGAACCGCUUGACACUUUCUUGGCAUCGCUUCCAAGAGAGCAUGAUUUCAGUCUCACUGUUUGAGGCGCAAGAAGAAGAAGAUGCUGUGAGCAACGAGCGUCGUCCAUUCAUCAUGGUGCUAUAAGAUGACAUGCUCCAUCUUAAUGGUUUGGACUAGUUAUUUGUUGUGCCCCUGGUAGUAUCUAUCAUGUAUGUGUAUGAACCUUGCAUUAUGUUCUAUGUUCUUACUUUUUAGUACUACUACUAGUAGAACCGAACACUUUGUAUUUCUGAAGUAGUACUCUAAUAUCAUCAUUUCAUAUGUGUCAUGUUAUCUUCAACGCCGUGUUAAUAUA